ACUGGACACCGGGCAUGGCGGUGCCCCGGGACAUCGCGGCCGGCUACCUGCUGCAGGGCAGCUUCUAUGGCCACUCCAUCUAUGCCACGCUCUACAUGGACACCUGGCGCAAGGACUCUGUGGUCAUGCUCACCCACCACGUGGUCACACUGGCCCUCAUCGUCUGCUCCUACGCCUUCCGGUACCACAACGUGGGCAUCCUCGUGUUGUUCCUGCACGACCUCAACGACGUGCAGCUGGAGUUCACCAAGCUCAACACCUACUUCAGGGCCGCGGGCGGCGCCCACCGGCGGCUGCACGGGCUGCUCGCAGACCUGGGCUGCCUGUGCUUCUGCGUCAGCUGGUUCUGGUUCCGGCUGUACUGGUUCCCACUCAAGGUCCUGUAUGCCACGCUGCACACCAGCCUCAUCUCGGUGCCUGACAUCCCGUUCUACUUCUUCUUCAACACGCUCCUGCUGCUGCUCACCGCCAUGAACUUGUACUGGUUCCUGUACAUCGUGGUCCUGGCUGUCAAGGUGCUGACGGGCCAGAUGCGCGAGCUGAGCGACCUGCGGGAGUACGACUGGGCCGAAGCCCACAGCCCCAAGCCCAGCAAAGCUGAGAAGCCGCUGCGGAACGGCCUGGUGAAAGAGAAGCGCCUCCGGCCGCGCCCGGCACCGGCGGCCUGCCCUGCUGCGUGCCCGCGCGCCUGUCGCCCAUCUCCGUGCUCUUCUUCGACAACAGCGACAAUGUGGUCCUGCG